GUGUGUCCCCUGCCCUUCCCCGGUCGCUCUCCCCAGCCCUUCUCCCUGCCGGGUUUGGCUGCCGGCGGGGGCGGCGAACACCGGCUGCCCCGCUGCCACCGGCCGUGCGCAGGGACCGCCGCGCUGCUCCCCGGGCCCGGCCUGCGCCCCAACACCGGGGCCGGUCUGCGCCCCAGCACCGGGCCCGGCUGCCGCAGACCGGGAGCAGCGGCGGCAGCCGGGCGGGAAGCCGGCGGGGCCCGGUCUCCGGUGCCACCGCCCCUCGCCGCGGUCUCGCCCCUCCUGCCUACGGCGGCUGCGGCGCUGCGGGUUUAUCAUUAACCUCCCGCAGGCAGCAGGAGAGCGGCCGCAGCCCCGCACAGCUCCCCGGCGCCAGCCCCGGCCUCCGCCGCAGGGUUUCCUGCUGAGAUGGCGAGUGCCCGUGGGGCAGCACCUGAUGCUGAGGACACAGAUGAGCCUGAAGAGUCCGUCUAUGACGAGGUGGUGACCUGCGAGAAGAUGGAGCUGAGCCAGCAGCUGGCUGUGGAGGAGCUUAUCACCACUGAGGCCAGCUAUGUCCACAACCUCCAGCUCUGUGUGUUGGACAUCCGGGCACACCUCCAGAAGAAGCAGCUGCCUGAUCUUGACCUGGAAGGACUCUUCUCUAACACUGAUGACAUCCUCCAUGUCUCCAGACGAUUCCUGAAGGCUCUUGAGGCCACAGCCACCCAGAAACAUGAGCAGCUGCUCUGCAUCAGUACCCUGUUCCAGGAGUUCAAGGAGGAGAUGGAGACUGUCUACAAGAUCUACUGUGCCAGCUAUGAGCAAGCCCUCCUGCUGGUGGAGAGCUACCACAAGGACCCCAAGCUGCAGGAGGAGAUCUUGGAGACCCUGAAUGCAACAGUGCCUCACACAGGUGCAUCAGACCUCAGCUUCUUCCUGGUGAUGCCGGUGCAGAGGGUCACCAAAUACCCACUGCUGCUGGGGAAAAUCCUGGAGAACACUCCCACCAGCUCCAGCGCCUACUCGGCCCUGCAGGCGGCUGUCCACGCCAUGGCCCAGGUCAACACCAACAUCAACGAGUACAAACGUCGCAGAGAAGUAGCAACCAGAUACACCAAGGCCGAGCACCUGACGCUGCGGGAGCGCCUGGCGCGCCUCACCGCGCACUCCAUCGCCAAGAAGACCACGCGGCUCAGCCGGCUCCUCAUGCACGAGGCUGGCAUCGUGGCCAAGACAGAGGACAAGGAGUACAAUGAUCUGGAGGAGAAGUUCCAGUGUUUGGUGUCCAGCGUGGCCAUGCUGAAGGAGAAUGUGGCAUCCUACCUGGGCCAUUUAGAGGCAUUCCUGCUUCCCACCCCACACAAGUGUGAGCUGCAGAUCGACGAGGGACCUGCCCGGCAGUACCGCUGCUUCGCCGAGCGCCUCCACUGCGCUGUUUUCCCAGAGUUUAAGAAACGGCUGGACAGGCUGGUCUGCCAACCCCUCUGCAGCCUCUCAGACAUGCUGGUGGGUCCACAGCAGCUGGUCAAGAAGCGCCUGGACAAGCUGCUGGACUAUGAGGAGAUCCAGGACCGUAAGAGUGAGAUGGGCAGCGUGACAUACGAUGAGGAGGCAGCCAUGAACACCUACCUUGCCAUCAAUGCCUUGCUUGUGGCCGAGCUACCGCGGUUCAAUCAGGUGGCUCUGCAGCUCCUGGGGCAGAUCCUGUGCUCCCUCAGUGCCCUGCAACGGGACUUGGCUGCCCAGGUCUUGCAGCAGGCAGAAAAGGAGCUAGAACAGAUGCCCCAUGGCCACAUGCCUCUGCCCAGUUUCUGGAAGAUGGUGGAAGACACCUUGCAGCAGUCUGGCACUCAGCUCCAUGCCUUCUGCCAGACAUUUGAGACAGUCAUGCCAAGCCCUGCAACACAGCCUCUGAACCCUGCUGAGGAGCGAAAGGUCCUUUCCCUUGUGAGCAAGCAUGGCCCAGACAAGCUUUAUCAAGUGACAAGCAACAUCAGUGGCAGCAAAGACUUGGACCUGACCUUGCAAAGGGGACAAAUUGUAGCUCUGCUGCAAAGUGUGGACACAAAGGGCAACACAAACAGAUGGCUGGUGGAUGCUGGAGGUCCCCGAGGGUUUGUGCCUGCUGGAAAACUCCAGCCCUAUUGCCCGGUACAAAGCCAGCAGCCCGGGAUGCAGAUGCCAGCCCUGGAGACCAGCACAGAGAGAAGGCGACAUUCAUACGCAUUUCCUGAAGCUCCCAGGCCCCAGGUGGCCACCUUCACCCCAGCUUUCCAGGUGGUUGCCGGCUUCUCCUUCACAGCCAGGAGUCCUCAGGAGGUGAGCCUCCAGGCCGGGCAGCCCGUGGUGGUGCUGGAGCCGCACGACAAGAAGGGGAGCAAGGAGUGGAGCCUGGUGGAGGUGAACAGCCAGAGGGGCUACGUGCCCUCCAGCUACCUGGUGACCAUCCCCGUGCAGGAGCCCUUGGGCUGGAGCUUGCCUGUGUGAGCAUGGCCAGCCCGUGCCCCAGGGCAAAGGCUGCGUCAGAUGAGAACCAUCUGCUUGACACCAGAGGGCUCGUGAUGGGAGAUGCUGGAAGAAGGUGGCCUUGGGCUGGGAAGGAGGUGGGAAGCAGAUCACAUCCUGAGGGACAUGGGUGCAAGGGAUGGCGAUUGGGAGGCACUUUACGAUGGGCGGGUGUGAGAGUGUCACGUCCCGUAGAUGUUUGCACAAAGAAGAGCAGUAUGAGGGAGUAAGGGCAGGUGGCUGCAGUUUUUCAGGGAUUUGCUGAUAUUCAUGUUGGUGACAAAACAGUUCCUAGGGCCAAUGAGACAGCAUUGUCCCCAGUGAGAUCAGGACCAAGCUGCAAAAGGGUGCAGCAUUGCAAAAGGGGUCUUCAGCCUGGCAUGGAGCAUCUGGGACUCUUGGAAAGGGGCUGUUGGGGCAGUGCUGGUGUGAGCACAGAGACUGAGGUGGAGCAGCCCUGGAGACACGGCUCCUCACUGGGCACCAUGUCUGCCUGGGUGCCCACCCCAGCGUGCUGUUGUGGUCCCUUUGGCAGCACAGCCUUCAUGUCCUGCUAAAGGGCAUGGCAAGACCAGCAUGUGCCCAGCCACACCAUCAACCACGGGAGGGUGCCAGGCUGUUCCCAGCCCUCCUGGCCACCAAGCACUGCUCCUGGCCUCAGUUUUCCCCUGUGCAGUGAGGCUGAUGCUAAUGACCCCGUUGAGAGUCUCUGGUGAUGAGAGGCGCCCUGUGAGCUACUGCUGCUAUUUUGUGUGACUGAUGCACUGACAUUAAAACACAUUGUGCUGUCUCUCUGCCCCAGCUGUGCCAUGGGGCUGUGCAGUGCCUGUGGCACCUCCCAGCAUGCCUUGGCAGGGCACUGGGAGCACUGGUUUGGGGGCCAGUUGCAGGGGGGUUUCACUGCUGCAGUGGAGCAUGCAUGUCCUUGGCCAGCGUGGGGACAGCCAGGCAGCAGGGCUGGCAGAGCCAGUGUGAGCACACUUAUGCCAGGGCAGCAGCUAAAGGCACCACUUCUCUCCCAGCUGGUGCUGCUCAGGGCUGGGGAAAAGACCACAGCUCCUGGGGCUCUCAGAACAACCUGUGCCCCUUGCCGACUCAUGCAGAUCUGCAGUGGUUUGAUACAUGAAUGCCCUCCGGAAGCACAGGCCCUGUGGAAAGAGCUUUUUGGAAGAACCAACCUGUGUCGGUCAGUCCCUGACCUAUGGCUUGGUCUGGGGAUGGAGGCAGCACACCCUCCCACCUCUGCCUGAGGUGUCACAGCUCUGUGCCUCAGUUUCCCCAUGGCUUGUUCUGAUGCUGUGCUCCUAGGUGGUUGUUAUGGGGCUCAGAGCAGGGAGUUGUGCCCACAGCAGCACUGGCACGGUGCCAAAGGGGAGUUCAGGAGCUCGCAGCUGCAACCCUCCGUCACUGUGCUCCCUCCAUGGGAGAGCUCAGCCCACAGUGCCACGCUGCCCACCCCUUGCCUGCUGCAGGCAGUGGAGCAUGGAGGCACCUGUGGUGCAGCAGCCUGGCGUCAUCCUGGCUGCCUGUGGCACCGGCUGCUUCCCACAUCAAAGGUGGGAUGACCCAGCUGGUGAGUGCUGGCCCUGCCAGGCAGGGAGGCAGCAUGCUCAGCCUCCCACGGGCUCAGGACACACGUGGCUGGGUGCAGGUUCCUGUGGUGCUGCCCUGCAGCCCAGCUGUGGGAUGGGCAGAGGGGCAGAAGGGGUAUGUCCUCACCCAAGCUUGCACCAUGUUGGGAGGGGUGGGGUGGGUGUCAGGCAGGUAGAGACAUGCCCCAGACACUGCUCUGUGUUCGCUCUACACCCCACACUUGGGUCCAGCUGCCUGGUUUGGAGCAGAGCUGCCUGUGGGGCUCACCCGUGUACCUUCAGGGUCCUGGGGCUUGCUGCCUCUGCCCAGGUGCCAUUGCAAGCCCAGACCAAAUGUUCACCCACAUGAAGCCUGGGAGGGGAUGGCAGUGCCAAAGUUGGGGAUGUUGCCUGAGGAUGCUGCACCUGUGGGAAGCCGAUGGGCUCCAUGGGACUGGGACAGAGGGCAGGCUGGGGGCACCAGUGCUGUGUUUCUGAGGCUCACCCACCCAGCCCUGGCCCUGCAGCAGCAGGGCCAACACUUCCAGCUCGCUGCUGAUGGCUCCUCCGGAUUUUUCUGUUCCUAAUCAAAUCACAUCAGGUCGGAUUUCCCUCCCAAGCUGCCUUCCUGCCAGCUCAGCAGGGUGCAGAUGCAAUCAGCCCCACCAGCAUGGCAAUGGCAGGAGUCAGUGGCUUGGACAGGUCCUGCUCUGCAGCCCAUGGGUGCCUGGGACCCUUUGGAGGGUUAAAGGUGACAGUGGGACAAGAAGCACUGAGAAACUGUUGCUGCCUGUGCCCUGAUCUGCCUGCUGGAAGGAGACCUGGGGUGGGCAGGUCUUAAUAGGCAGCUUAUAAAACCGGUUGGGUUUUCUCCAUCCGACUCAUCAGGAAUUUGGAUUUCAUGUGCUCUGAAACAACAGCUCCUCUUUCCCUCUCUCCCUCCACUGCUGUGGCUGCCUGAAUGUUAGUGCUGGCCAGAAGGAGCUUGUUGCCCUGCCUGCAGCUGACACAGGGGGUGCAGGCUGUUGCAAGGUGUCCUAGACCCCUGCUGCCUUUCCUGGGCCCCUUCUACCCAUUAAUUGUCCAUCUAUCAGUGCUUGCCAGGGCUGACAGGCAUGAAGGACAAGGUAGAAACUGUCCAUGCACAUUCCACCAGGAGAUCUACGUGAGCCACACACCAGUGCAGGAGGUGGCAGCACUCUGGGGACAUGCUGUUUGUAUCAGGCACUGGCUGCCUGCCCUGCCAGAUAACGUGGUUGUGCCCCAAGCUGGCUGCAGUUGAGGCACCAAGAGGCUCCUUCAUAUGGUGCUGAGCCAGCCAGUACCAGCAUCCUGCCCAGCAGCAGUGGCACCAGUGUCCUGCCUACCCUGAGGUCCCAGUGGCAGCACCCCAGUAUGCUGUGGAUAUCCCUGCUAGGAAGAGGGGAAUUAGCUCAUGUGAUUCCUUUGGUCUCUGGAUCUGACAGGGUGAGCUGGGCUCUGCAAUACCCACCAGUCCUGCUACCAACUGUGGUGGUGGAUCCUUCCCCACAGGGUCUAUCCCAGGACAUACCGUAAUACUUGGCUGGAGGACAUGGAACACUGAUAUCCCUCACUUCUUCCAUGAUUUCACCCAAACUUGUUGCACCCACUGCUGCCUCAAGCCUGAAAGUGCCCUCUUGAAGUCACUGGAGGGUACAGGGCUCUCCCAGCCUAAACACAAGGGGGAAUAAAGGGCACAAGUGUGCCUUUAAAUAGCCUGGUCAGGACAGGCUCUCCCGGGAGGAAUGCUCUGGCUGGCCUGGUGGAACAUGUUCGUGGCCGGGGGCGAGGGGGGACAGCCGGGAUGGCGGCUCCUGGCCAGGAGGUCAGGUCAAGGUGAGGCUUGUCCUUGGCUGGCGCUGCUGUGCCGUGUCUCAGCGCCGCAGGAGCAGGGCCAUGCAAGGGGGAGGGACAUGCAUGACAGGCCAGGGUCUUUCCGUGCCCAGGGCUGGUCAGAAAGGUGGCAGAGCCAAGCAGGCAUUGCUGCCUGCAACCUGCCUGCUGAGGGGUUUGGCACUGGCACAGCCCGCCCGCCGGAACAGCCUGCUGGGCAGUUCAGUUUGUCCAGGAGCGGCUCCUGCACUCCUGUCCAGGCUGAUUCAUAUCCUGGACGUGCAGGCAUUUGGAUAGCAUCCAUCCGUGGGGUGGGAGAGCAGAGGGCCAUGUCCCUGGGGUGCAGGGCACCAGCCCAGCACAUGCUGGGAAGCAGGACAGUGACAGUUCCGUCUCUGCUCUCCCCUGCCUUGCAUGACACUCCUGUCCCCAGGGAUGUGGCUGUGGCCCUGGGCAAGGUGGGGAGCUGCAAGGUACAUCUCCAGAUGGGGAACUUGGAUUGCAGGGAGGAUGGCUGCGUGUCCAGGUGUCCAUGUACCCACUGACUUGGGUGGGGCACCCAGGAGGCAGGCAGGAGUGAGAGGAAAGCAGCCAGGAGGGAAGCCCCAAGCCCUGAAUCCUGCCCAUCCUCUCAGGCAGGGUGCCAGGACGGAGGAGGGGUGCAGCAGGGCUGCAGUGGGAAGGGCAGGAGAGCAGCGAGAGUGACCCAGAAGGAGCAGAGUGGCAGCUCCAAGUUGAAGGGCACAGCCAGCUCGAGUGGAGCUCUAUUUGCAGGCAUGGUGCUCAAGUUCACCACCUCUGCCAGGCUGAGCUGGCUCUGAGCAGAGCCAGCCUGUGGCUGUGCUGUCCCCAGACGUCUGCACGUGUGCGGGAGCAGGGUGGCCCACGUGAAGCAGCCCAAAGCCCUGGCACCCUAGCACCCUGGCCCCCAACAGCCUGUGCUGGCCCUGCUCGAGAGGCCACCAGCCCUGAUCAGCAUGGUGCUGUGUGACCAAGGGAGGGCUGAGUCCCAUGGAGAAUGGCUCUGGGGAUGCUGGAGAGGAGCUGAGCUGUGAGCAGCAGUGCUCGCUCCAGGCUUGCGCAGCCAGCACCUGAAUUGUCUA